AUGCCUUACACACUUCAAGCCGGUGGCUACAUCGACCCUACCUCCAGCUCCAGCUCUGGACCCGUAGAAGUCGACCCCAGUGCUCCAGGAAGCGUAAUGCGCUACGCCCUAGCCUUCGAGACCGUGGCCAACGCCAUUGGUGGAACCUGGAUGGUCUUCUUCCCAAAGACUUUCCUAAGCAUGCUCGUGAACUCCUCCUCCGACAUUACCCCUACCGCGAUUACCUGGACCCAAGUCACCGGUGCUUUGGUGUAUGCUCUUGCCACUCCUCUGAUUUUGGGCCUUCCAAACACGAGAAGAGGUAUUGAGAGUAGAGCACCUACUUAUUAUACUCUUGCUGCUGGAGAGGUCGGCGUAAUUGCUGUCGCAUUGUACAAGGCUCUUGUGUUUGGGGAUGACAGUGGUUGGUCGACAGGUGCUUUGUUGGCUGCCAGCUCUGUUCUAGCUCCUACUUUGGCUUGGAGAUUCUAUGUCUUGUUCGGAAAGCCGGAGUGGAUUGGAAGAUACCGCGAGUCGGCCCGCAAAGGCAAGUAA